AUGGCACACGAAUUCCAACCAAAUGACAUAAAUAAGUUACCACCAUCGUAUCAAGCAAGUAAUACAGCAAAUGUUGGAGUGUCAUACCAGCAACAAGCACCUUUUGCAGGACAACCAUCAAGCUAUGGUACACCACCACCUAUUCCAGUGUACACUCAAACGACAACAAUUGUUCAACCUUGCGGAACAUUAUUAAGUCAUUAUCCUCAAUCAAUGCAAUGUCCAUCAUGUCGACAACAAAUUGUUACAAGAGUUAACUAUGAGCCUGGUGGUGCUACAUGGCUUAUUGCAUUUCUUGUUUGCAUAUUUGGUGGUUUUCUUGGUUGCUGUUUUAUUCCUUUCUGUAUUCCAGCAUGUCAAGAUGCUGUUCAUAUAUGUCCAUUGUGUAAUGUACAUAUUGGUCGACGAAAUGUUUUUUAG